UGAUCGUACAGUUUUCUUUGAGGAAUUUCAGACAAGUUUUGUUUUUCCAGCUAAAGAAAAAGAAGAAAGUGAAAAUGCAGUCAAUCAAGGAAGCCGCGGCCAACGUAGCUGCCUCUGCCAAGUCUGGCAUGGAGAAGACCAAGGCCACCAUGCAGGAGAAGAUGGAGAAGAUGAAGGCACAGGACCCGAUCCAAAAGGACAUGGCAACUCAAAAGAAAGAAGGGCGGAUUGCCGAGGCUGAGCAGCACAAGCGUGAGGCCAUGGAUCACAACACAGCCUCUAAACAUGGAACAGCUCCGGCUGGAUCCACAGGCUACGGCACUGGGCCGACGGGAUACAGCACCAGCGGGGUUGGAACAGCCACAUAUCUAACCACCGGGGCUACUGGGCAGCAAACCGGGUUCAAUCAGAUGUCCGCACUGCCCGGACAUGGGACCGGGGAACCCGCUGGCCAGGUGGUUGAGGGUGUUGUCACCGCACAUCCGACUGGAACCAACACCGGCACCGGGAGGACUACGGCCCAUAACACCCAUGUGGGUGGUAAUGCCCCCGGCUAUGGGACUGGCGGGACUUAUAGUUAGAUGCAUCGAUCUUAGUUUAACUUUGUGUUGCAUGGCAUGGAUCAAAUCAUAGGCAAGAACCUGUUUUUUGGGGUUAAUGUGCAUGUCAUGUGUGCCUGUGUGGUGUUGUUUAUGAUUUCCUUUGUUUUUGUUGUUUGCUUUUCAACAAACGAUUUGGUGGAUGUCGUAUAUGUUUUCAUAUUUGUAAGUUCAAGUGAAUAAAGUUGGCCCUUAAAUAUAGGUUUUCCAACCAUAUUAUUAGUUGAUCUA